GGUGGAGCGGAUCGGUUCAUGGCCUCCCGGACCCGUUGCUUGCUUAAGCUGCCGGCUCCCUUGCCAGCUCCACCCUGGGGAAGCUCCUGCGCUGCCUCCGCCGAUCGGCCUUUUGCGACUGGCAUCAUCUGACUGGUCCAGAUUCCCGAACACUUUCUGAAUUGCAGCACACGGAAUCCAAACAUUUGUGUUACUGAUUUUAAAAUAUUUGAUGGUUUGCAAUGUUGCUUUCGUAGUAUGAUGGUAGCUUUUUGACCCUUUUUCUUCUUCUGGCAGCCUACAAAAUUAAUCUGAUUUCCUGACAAGUCAGCAAAACAGAAAUAUCCCAUAUUAAAAGGCAAGUGUAUUUUCAGGGAGGUUGUGACCCAGAAUGGAGUUGCCGUGAUUGACUGCUCUUGGGCAAAGCUGGACAAAACGCCGUUUAGCAAGAUGAAGGGAAGUCAUCUCCGGCUGUUACCCUACUUGAUAGCUGCAAAUCCAGUGAAUUAUGGACGGCCAUACAAACUUACUUGUGUGGAAGCUUUUGCAGCUACCCUCUGCAUUGUAGGACACACUGAUCUAGCCACAGUUCUUUUGCAAAAAUUUAAAUGGGGAAGUGUGUUUCUUGAUCUGAACAAAGAUCUCCUGGAAAAAUAUGCAGCAUGUAGCUGUGAAGAGGAAGUGUUAAGGGUUGAGAAUGAAUUUCUGAACCAUGUCCAAGAAAAAGAUGAAACUGAUCCUUUUGAUGUUGAUUCAGGAAAGGAAUUUUUUAUACUCAACGGGCCUUGCAGAACCACAGAAGCAACUGCUGCAGAUGAAAGCUCCUCUGAGGAGACCCCUGAGGACAGCGACAGCAGCAGCAGCAGUAGCAGCAGCAAUGAGGACCUGAACACAGCCUGUUCUGGAGCCAGUAAAUCAGCCGCAUGGAGGCAAAAGAGCAUUCUCAAAGAGAAGAAGUUUCACUGAAUGUAGUAACAAGGUUUUGCUCAGAGUUAGGAUACAAAUUGGACAAUGUUCUUCCAGUCUGAAAUACUUCAUUCAGCCCAUGGGCCUUGUCUAUCAACUGAGCUGUGUGAUGAACUUCAUUAAUACACUGCUUGUCAAAUAUAAUUUUACUAAUGCAAUAUCCAUAUCCUGGUCUUAUUUUUUUACUUAGCAUCUCAGUUAAUUAUUAUUCCAAGAAUUGUUUUGAGAUGAUGGAGGAAAAACCAGAAGCAACUUCCUCAUAUUUGAGAUCACUACUUUUUGGUUAUUUGCUAUUUCGGUUCUUAAUAUGUUGUGGAUGGAUAGUUGAUAAUAAAUGCUCUAAACCAAAAA